AUGACAGAUUUUUAUGAAGAAAUGGACGAAGAUGAAAGGCAUGAAGGUUUUGCAUACUCACAUAUAGCAAAUCCUAAAAUUAUAACAAAUGAAACUUGGCCUGAACAAACAGGUCCACUAAAAACUAACACCGUUCUACAGUAUGAUGAUAAUUUUCAAAAUGUUAAAUCAUGGGGUUUUCCUGCUUUGGCUCAACGAUAUAAUCGUCGAAAGAACAAAAAUUCAAGACCUGUUGAAUUAUUUAAAUUGCAUUUGAUAGACAUGCCGGAAGAUCAAAAGACUCUUUUACCAGAAGGAUUAAAUUAUAUGAAAGCAAUCACUGAUUAUCUUUGUAAAUUAGGUGAAGUAAGUACUGUGAUAAAGCUGGUUAAAACGACAAUUGAUACUCGUUGGCCUCAGGUUGAGUUCUAUAAACAUGUGUUAAUUAUUCUUACUGUUCCUGUGGAGUUCUCUGAGAAGAAAAAGGGCAUAAUGAAGCAGUGUGCUCAUAAUGCUGAGUUAAUCAAAUCGGUCACAUCCCCCAAUCUAAAGAUUAUAACUGAACCUGAAGCUGCUGCAAUUUAUUGUAUGAGAUCUUUAAAUGAAUUCUCUAUGACAAAAGUUGGGACUUCUUUUCUAAUAGUAGACAUAGGUGGUGGUACAGUAGACCUAACAAUUAGAAAAUUAUUACCAGGUAAUCAAUUAGGCGAAAUAACCGAACAAACUGGUGAUAGUUGUGGUGGGAGUUUUGUCGAUAAAGAGUUUAUCAGUUUUCUUAAUCGAAAAGUUGGUAAAACUGCUAUGAAUUUAGUUAAAGAUGAUCAUUAUGGUUUAUUACAAUACAUGGUUCAAGAAUUUUGUCGAGUUGCUAAAUUACCAUUUACUGGUGAACAGAAAGACUUUAAAACAUUUGAACUGGAUCUUGAAGAAUUGUGUCCAGUUUUAAAAGAAUAUGUUGAUGAUACUACUGAAAAACAAAUGGAAAAAUUGGAAUGGGUGAUUGAUAUUGAAUUUGAAGAUGUUAAGGGAAUGUUUGAUCCCGUAAUUGGCAGGAUCAUUCGUUUGAUACGUGGUCAAUUGGAUGCAUGUAAGGAUUGUACUGCAAUGUUUUUGGUAGGUGGAUUUAGUGAAUCUAAAUAUCUGCGAAAAAGGAUUAAAGAAGAAUUUGGCAAAAAAGUACCUAUUAUUUCAAGUCCCGAUAAGCCUAUUGCUGCUAUUGUUCGGGGAGCUUUGCUUUAUGGUCUCGAUACAGCUGUAGUAAAAUCUCGUGUAUUGAGGUAUACCUAUGGUAUUAGAUCCUUACCUAAUUGGCGACCUGGUGACCCGGUGGACCGAAGAACUCCUGAUGGAAAGAUCUUUAAAUUUCAUACCUUAGUACAGCGUGGAAAGAAAGUAGAGGUUAAUCAACAAGUUUCUGAUAUUUUUCGUGUUGCAUAUGCAGAUCAGGUAGAUAUAUGUAUGGAUAUAUAUGUUACACGUGCGUAUGAGGUAAAAUAUUGCGAUGAACCUGGUGUUGAAUUACUUGGAAAGUUUACAAUUAAUAUGCCAGAUAAACAUCUUGGACUUAAUCGAUCAGUUGUCUACACGCUUUCAUUUGGAGAGACAGAAAUUAGGGCCACUGCAAAGAACAAAGCUGGAAGAGAAUAUCAUACCACUUUCGAAUUAAUUUUCGAAUAG